UUCUCAGAGGCGCGGCAAUAUCAAGACUCAACCAAACGAUACCAUGAUCAGCCCGUAGAAGCUAGCACAUCAUCUAUGCGCAGUCCUUCGCAACGCGUGGUAAUACCUCCAAAAUGUACCUCGGUACCACUCGGGUGAUGCCCCUGCUCCCGGCCCCCGUGCGAUGCCGACGGGGAUCACCUCCGUCCCACCCCCCCUCCGGGCGCAACGCCCGCACAAACACAACCACAACCGCACAUCCCGAACCCGAAGAUGCCAACCUUUCGUAACGUGAGUUUUCCCGCCAAAAAGAACAACAAAAAAAAAGGGGAAAAGACCAAGGGGGGGGAAACCCUAUGCUUGGCCAGUCCUGUCGCACCGCACCAUCAGCCACCCCGCGCAGCACGAAAACAACUCUAGCUCGCGCGGUUGAAGAGGGGGAAGAAAUCAUAAAAAUUAAAAUUAAAAUGAGGGAUAGGAUAUUAGAAUCCCAGCACCUCGGCCUCGGCUUGGCGGCCGCGGCGGCAGCGGCAGCGGCGGCAACGGCCUACCUCCUCCUCACCUCCCCCCAUACAGCCUCUCCCGUGUCACUAUUCGCCGCCGCCGCCGCCCCGCGCCCGGCCAACGACCGCCUCAAGACGGCACCGUCGCCGAAAUGGACCGUCCUGCCCGCUCUCUCGACGCUCGCCCGCGACGAGCUGCCGUACCCGCCCGACGCGCUGCCGGGGGCCCGGGACGUCGCCACGGCCUACGGGAACCUGCGCGUCUACGAGUUCGGGCCCGAGGACGCCGGGGAGAGGGUCCUGCUGCUGCACGGCAUCGGCACGCCGUGCCUCGCGCUGGGAGGCGUCGCCAAGGAGUUUGUCGAGAGGGGGUGGAGGGUCAUGACUUUUGACUUCUUCGGCCGCGGCUACUCGGACGCGCCCCUCGACAUCCCCCACGACGCCCGCCUCUACACAACCCAGGUUCUCUUCGCCUUGGCCUCCUCUGCCCUGCCGGGCUGGACCGGCAACGACGCCUUCCACCUGCUGGGCUACUCCCUCGGCGGUGCCAUCGCCGCCGCCUUCGCCUCGUCGCACCCGCACCUCGUCAAGUCCCUCACCCUCAUCGCCCCCGGCGGGCUCGUCCGCUCCGCCGCCCACGUCGGGUGGCGGAGCCGCCUGCUGUACAACGCCGCCUGGAUUCCCGAGCCCGUGCGACGGUGGCUCGUCGCGCGGAGAAUUACGCCCGCCGACCCCGGGGCCGGGGGGGACGUCCCCGAAAAGGAGACCGUCGAUGACGACGACGACGACGACAUGACGGCGGAGUGGGACGACCUGAGGCUCGUGGGCGGGAGACGCAUCGGCGAGGUCGUGCGGUGGCAGGCGCAGACGCACCCGGGGUACGUGAGGAGCUACAUGAGCACGAUCCAGCACGCGCCCCUCUACGAUCGCGGGGGCGAGGAGUGGAGGGACCUCGCGGAGGCGCUCCAAGCGCGGAGGAGCGGCGCGGAGCCCGGGCUGAGGAAGGGGCGGGUGCUGUUCGUUCUCGGGGACAGUGACGAUAUCGUGGUGCCGGGCGAGACGGUGUGGGAUGCCGAGGCGGUGCUCGGGGAGGACGCCGUCGAGGUCGUGGUCCUCAAGGGCGGGCAUGAGAUCGCCAUCACCAAGGGGCGGGACAUUGUCGGGGCCGUUGUCUCUGCAUGGCAGAGAUAGGGGUUGGAUAGGGGUUGGCGUACCUAGGUGUUGUAGAAAAACCUGCCAAUCAAGGCGGAGACGUUGAUGGUCACGAAUCCAGAGCUUGCAGUGCCCUUCCGUGCCCUUGGGGUCUUGUAGGCGUCCUUCAUGCGCUGCUUGGUCCAUUGUACGAUGGACUUCACCCGGUAGGUACUCCGUGGUCCGAAGUUACCCCCCGUCGUCCGAACUCCCCUGCUCCGACUGCUUUCCCUAAGCCGUUCUUCUUACUCGCAAGUUCUCAGGCCUGUAAGCAGAGUAUCAUGUAAGCGUCGCUCUUUUCAGGCUACGUUAAUCCCCUUAAUUAGGACAUACCUUAACUAGGCAUUUAGGCGGAUAACAAAACAAGCUGUGUAUACACACACACAUACUCUCUCUCUCUCUAUCUCUCUCUCUUUCUUAGGCUACCCCCCUUAGCCUACUAGUAAAGUAGAUAUAAUGUCGCCCUAUCUAGGGUAGGUACCUACCUAGGUAAACCUAGAUAAUUUUAGAUACUGCUUAGAAAUCUUAGUAGUUUUUUUUGCC